GCACUCCGUCUAGAGCUGUGCCUGUUAUAAACACAGAUGACAUAAGCAUGAAGAAAUAACAGUGGAUGUAUAAUAAUAUAACCUUCAUACUGUAAUUGAACAGCUCUUCUUAAAGCUUCGUGAUGCAUGCGCGUAUGUUAUUGAAAGGAACAGCGGCAGCUGUCGCUGCGAGGAGAAUUCGUCAUAUUUUGGGACCUGUGAUGUCAAAGGAAGGUUGGAGAUGCAGUUCUCAUGAGGUCAAACUCCUGAACACCUCCUCAGGUGACACAGUGAAGAUAGGCGAGAUCUCAUAUCACCUCAAACCCCCCAGAAAUCCAGAAUUUGUGCCCGUAAAUCAUAUGAUGGAGGCUUUACCACAAACUAUCACCCAGCACCUUCGCUGGAUAAUGCAGAAAGACCUGCUUGGACAGGACAUGUUCCUCAUCGGCCCUCCUGGACCUCUGCGGCGUUCGAUUGCAAUGCAGUACCUAGAAUUAACAAAGCGAGAAGUUGAAUAUGUUGCUCUGUCCAGAGACACUACUGAGACUGACCUCAAACAGCGCAGAGAGAUUCGCUCUGGGACAGCCUUUUACAUAGACCAGUGCGCUGUCCGAGCUGCAACCAAUGGUCGGAUUCUGGUCCUGGAGGGACUGGAGAAGGCCGAGAGGAAUGUGUUGCCAGUUCUCAACAACCUGCUGGAGAAUAGAGAGAUGCAGCUGGAAGAUGGCCGCUUUCUCAUGUCAGCACAGCGCUAUGAUAAACUGCUGGAGGAACACAAUAAAGAAGAGCUGGAUGCAUGGAAGAUAGUUCGGGUGAGUGAAGAUUUUCGGGUCAUUGCUCUCGGUCUGCCUGUUCCCCGAUACAAAGGAAACCCGCUGGAUCCGCCGCUCCGAUCUCGCUUUCAGGCCAGAGACAUCUACUAUCUUCCCUUCAAGGACCAGCUUGAGCAUCUGUAUAGAAUGGGACCAAAUGUGCCAGCUGAAAGGGUGUCUCAGCUUUUGUCAUUUGCCACUACACUUUGCUCUCAAGAGUCUGCCAGCUUAAGCCUGCCUGACUUCCCUGUGGACAAUCUCCCAUCUGCACUCACAGUUCUGAACCUGUUCCCCAUGCUGUCAGCACAGCAGCUGGUCCAGAGGCUUUACCCGUACGAGGCCAUGCUGGGAAAGGAGGGCCGCACAGCAGUGGAGGGGGUACUCAGUAGGUUUGAGUUGACUGAUGAUAGCAAGAAACCUUCUCUGACUGCAGUGGUGAACAUUGAGCCUGUUAGUGGAGAUCACCCAGGACAGGCAGUUGUCACCCUCAGCAUCGCUGACAACAACAUCACCUUUCAGGUUCCUUCAGGAACCCGGCCGAUUCGUCCACCCAACAGCAGCCCGGCGUUCAUUGGCACCCCCACCCAUGACCGUCUGCUGGCUGAGAUGAUGCAGUCCCACCUCGUCAAAGACAUUUGUCUGAUCGGAGCCAAGGGUUGUGGCAAGUCUGUGAUUGCAAGAGAGUUUGCUGAAAUGCUGGGUUACAGCAUUGAGCCAAUUAUGCUUUAUCAGGACAUGACAGCGCGGGACCUCCUCCAGCAGCGGUACACCCUGCCUAAUGGAGACACAGCCUGGAGGGCUUCCCCGCUGGUCGCUGCUGCUCAGGAGGGAAAGCUGGUGCUGCUGGACGGCAUCCACCGUGUCAACCUGGGCACUUUAGCUGUGCUGUCCAGGUUGCUGCAUGACAGAGAGUUGGCUCUGUAUGAUGGGACUCGACUACUGAGGUGGGACCGUUACCAAACUCUAAAAGAGGAACUACAGCUCACUGACCAGCAGCUACAGGACAGACAAAUUUUCCCCAUCCAUCCGUCUUUCCGAGUCAUCGCUCUAGCGGAGCCCCCACAGGUCGGCAGCACCACACAGCAGUGGCUCGGCCCAGAGACUCUCACAAUGUUCCUCUUUCACACCAUCAAGCCACUGGCCAAGGCUGAGGAGACAGCCGUUCUCCAGGGAAUGAUCCAAAAUGUUCCCAAUGAGGCAGUGGAGCAGCUGCUGCACUUGACUCACAGCCUGAGAAAAUCCAGUGAUCCAAUGGCCCUGUCCCUUGCGUCUUCAUUAUCCACCAGGCAGCUUUUGAGAAUCUGUCGGCGUCUUUCUCAAUAUCCACAGGAGAGUGUUGCUCAUGCUGUCAGCAAAGCUUGUCUGUCCAGGUUCCUCCCCAGCCUGGCUCGCUCGUCUCUUCAGAAAAGUCUGGUGAACUGCUCAAUAGAGGAGCAGCCUGACCCAGCAACAGAACAGAACCACCAAUACACUUGCACUGUAAAAGAUGGUUUUUUAACCAUAGGGAAUGUCUCAGCUCCUGUGUACAGUCCUGAUGAGAAGAUGAAGGUCCCAGACGUGCUCUUUUAUGAGAAUGUUCAGCACAUGAUGGUGAUGCAGGACAUGCUGAAAGACUUCCUGUUGGGGGAACACCUGCUUCUGGUGGGGAACCAGGGUGUUGGGAAAAACAAGAUUGUUGAUCGAUUCUUGCAUCUCAUGAACAGACCAAGAGAAUAUCUUCAGCUUCAUAGAGAUACUACAGUCCAGACAUUAACCCUGCAGCCCUCUGUGAGAGAUGGAAUCAUUGUUUAUGAAGACUCUCCAUUGGUGAAAGCUGUGAAGAUGGGACACAUCCUUGUUAUAGACGAAGCUGACAAAGCUCCCACAAAUGUGACUUGUAUUCUGAAGACUCUGGUGGAGAGUGGAGAGAUGAUCCUGGCUGAUGGAAGGAGAAUAGUGUCAGAUCCAUUGGAAGCAGCUGGAAGACCUAAUGCCAUUCCCAUGCAUCCAGACUUUCGCAUGAUUAUUUUAGCUAACCGACCUGGUUUUCCUUUUUUGGGAAAUGACUUCUUUGGAGCACUUGGGGACAUAUUUAGCUGCCAUGCAGUGGACAAUCCCAGGCCUCAGCAGGAGUUUGCCAUGCUGAAGCAAUAUGGGCCAAACGUUCCCGAUGCUGUUCUCCAGAAACUGGUGGCUGCGUUCGGAGAGCUCCGGGCCAUGGCGGACCAAGGAACCAUUACAUACCCGUACUCUACACGGGAGGUGGUCAACAUCGUCAAACACCUGCAGAAAUUUCCAGACGAGGGGCUGGCCAAUGUGGUGAGGAAUGUGUUUGACUUUGACUCCUAUAACAAGGAUAUGCAAGAGGUUCUGAUUGCAGCUCUGCACAAGCACGGGAUUCCGAUCGGAGCCAAACCCACCAGCGUGCACCUGGCCAAGGAGUUGCCAUUGCCAGACUGUAAGAUGGCAGGGUACUGGACCAUCAGUCAGGGUGGCAACACACACCGAAAACUGCUUUGUCCAACAGAGUCCCAUCGCAUAGAAAUCAAGGGCCCAGUGUUUCUGCGAGUUCAGAGUUAUCCCUCUGAGAGACACGAGUCCAGAGUUAUGAGCUUCACUGAAGAACAAGCUCACUGGCAGAUCCCCAUGAACGAGGUUGACAUCGUCUGUGAUGUCACCACUGCUAACGGUUCAAUUUAUGUUGCCACAUGUAAUCCUGUAUCACUGUAUGCUAUGAAGGAGAGAGGAGACUCAGUACAGUGCAUUGAGCUCUAUGACAUCUUCCCUCAUACCAUCAGUGGAGUGUGGCAGCCCUUCAUCUCUGUGGCAGCACUGGGCAACCCACUGCAGGAGCAGGUGGUGCUGCACGAAGAACAGGGUAACACAGUUCUGCAUCUAGACCUGGUUACUGGUGCUGUCAGGAGACUUGUUUUCUCUCAGGACAAACAGGAGGAACCAGUUCGCAAGACUUCAAACUGGUGGAGCAACAAAGAGAGUCAGCCAGGAUACAAAAUGUGCAAGGAGUUUGCCCACAAGAACUGGCUUCUUUUCUAUAAGGACAAUGGGAGUCAGCUGGACGUUGUUGAUGUUCUAGAGGGUCAAGUUCACACCAUCUGCCUCCCCAUCAACCUCAAAGCUGUGUUCCUGGUGGCUGAAGACCGCUGGCUGCUUAUUGAGAGCAAGACUGACAGGAAGUUCCUGUUGACAAAGCCAAUGCACAUGGGCUCAGAGGACACAGGAGUGUGCCAACUGCACACCAUCAGUGAAGAUGCUGUGAACACUGGCUUUGGCACCAGUUCAGGGAUGGAAGCCACUGCUCCUCAGGAGGUCUCAAGUGAGCAGCUGCCCAAUGAGAACCUGGGUUCUGCCCUGGGACAGAAAAUCGUCUCUCCCAACCGCAUCCUCUGUGACACAAAUACCUAUGCUAAUGUUAUUGUGGGCUUCCCAGAUCUCAUGUCCCCAAAUGAAGUGUACACCUUUAAUAGACCAUCACCUAUAACAGAGGGGCGGGGACCUGAUAUGUUUUUUGGGUCAAGUAAACGAACAGGGCCUGCAAAAAGAGUCAACUGUGUCUGCCUAUUAAGUGCCAAUCAAGUGGUCCGAGCACUGCCCCCAACACAAGUACCGCUUUCUGAUAUUUACCCCAAAGAUAUCACACCACCCAUGACUGCUGCUUACCUGGAAGUGACUGACCUGAAUUCUAAAAAGCUCAAAUACAUUCCAGUCCCAAGGAGCGGCUCCAUGUCUCCUUACACUGUGUGGAUAUCAAAGGUGUCAAACACAGAUGUAGUGAUGGCUCCUCUGGGCUCUGGUGGGGUGGUGACUGUGGACAUGGGAGGUUACGUCAGGCUGUGGGAAACAGGACUUGACAACCUGCAGCGCUCUUUGCUGGAGUGGAGGAACAUGAUCGGGGCAGAGGAUGGCAGGCCUGUACAGAUAACCAUUCAGAGGGACAGUGGGCUAGACGUCAGCUCCCCGAAACACGGCAAGAUUGACCCUAAAAAUGCCCCUCAUGUAGGGGGGAACCAGUGGGCUGGGGGCACAGGUGGCAGAGAUACGGCAGGUCUUGGGGGGAAGGGAGGCCCCUACCGUCUAGACGCUGGACACAAAGUUUACCAGAUCUCCCAGGCAGAGAAAGACGCCGUGCCCGACGAGGUGAAGAGAGCGUCACGGGAGAUGGCGGAGAAAGCUUUUAAGCAGAGGCUCAAGGAGAUUGAGAUGAGUGAGUAUGAUGCUUCCAUAUAUGACCGUUUCUCAGGAGCGGUCAGACGACAAGUCCAGUCACUCCGCAUCAUUUUGGACAGCCUGCAGGCUAAAGGGAAGGAGAGACAGUGGCUGAGGAAUCAGGCUCUUGGUGAACUGGAUGAUGCAAAGAUCAUUGACGGUCUGACAGGAGAGAAAGCUAUUUAUAAGCGCAGAGGAGAGCUGGAACCUGAGCUUGGCUCUCCUCAGCAGAAGCCUAAGCGUUUACGUCUGCUAGCAGACGUCUCUGGCAGCAUGUAUCGCUUUAACGGUGUGGACGGGCGUCUGGAGCGCUCCAUGGAGGCUGUGUGUAUGGUGAUGGAGGCACUUGAAAGCUACGAGCACAAGUUUAAGUAUGACAUUAUGGGACACUCAGGAGACGGUUUUGAUAUAGAACUGGUCAGAUGUGACAAAGUACCCAAGAACAACAAGGAGAGGCUGAAGGUUUUGAAGACCAUGCAUGCCCACUCUCAGUUCUGCAUGAGCGGAGACUACACGCUGGAGGGUACCGAACACGCCAUAAAGGAACUGGCACGUGAAGAAGCCGAUGAGCAUUUUGUCAUUGUGUUGAGCGAUGCCAACCUGGAGCGCUACAGGAUCAGUCCCGAUCGAUUCACACGUGCCCUCACCAGUAACCCGCAGGUUAAUGCCUUCGCCAUAUUUAUUGGUUCCCUAGGAGACCAAGCGGACAGGCUCCAGAAAACUUUGCCGGCCGGACGUUCUUUUGUCGCCGUGGACACCAAGCAGAUCCCUCAAAUCCUUCAGCUGAUUUUCACAUCCACCAUGCUGUCUAGUGCCUGAGAGAACUCCAGCAGUCGGGUCAAUCUCAAGAAACAUGCCAGUCACUGGUGAACCAAUGGUGAUCACUGCAUUCAGUAGUAACCAUGUGAAUCUCACAAAAACACGUCCAGGUCACAUUUCUAAAAUCAAAAGAAAGAAUAUGAAAGUUAAAGGAAAUGAAACCUGUUUGUUGGACUUUUAGCCUUCUGAUAUUGAUUUAAUGACAAAAUAAGCUAAUUUUCACUGCAAUUUGCUCUGAAAUGGGUUCAUAGGUUGUUGUACAUUUCAGCCAUACAACCAUUGUAACCAAGUAGAUUCAGAAUGUUUGUUGCGCGAGCUAAAAUACAGUAAAAAUCUAGUUCAAAAUAAUCAAGGCAUCUUUCCCACACUGCUUUUCACUUAGAAUGCAAACAAGUAAGAAUGCUAUUUAAUAAUUGUCCUUUUUAUGCAACAAAAUAACAAUACAAAGUAAUAAAACAGCAAUAUUUACUUAUAUUACAUUUUUUUUAGUGCUGUCAGUCGAUUAAAAUAUUUAAUUGCAUGAUUUUUAAGUUAAUCGCGAUUAAUCACAGAUUUUGAAAGUGCUGAAAUUUGACUCAAUAUAUAAACUUCUUUUCCUGUCAAAAUGCAUUUCAUUUCAAACAACAUGUAACAAUAAUGUUUUAUUACCAUUUUCCAAACAAAGCCCUCCAUAGUAGAUGGAUAGAAAUGCACUAAAAUAACACCAAUUCAAGUUUAAACUCCAUAUGAAAGCACUGCGGAGAAUGGCUGAGUUUGGAAUGGCACACUACUGAUACUACUCUUACUGCUCCUGUCAAAUUUAUGUAUGUCAGAAAUAGUAAGUGUAGUAUGAUAAUAUGCCAGUCCGAACACGGCCAACUUCUUGUUCUGCUUUUAGCGCUGGCACUGCCCACGUUAUGAUUCUUCAUCCAGAUUGUCUGGUAAUUAUUGGUUGACGCCAAUCAAAAGGUAAUUGACUCCGGACACAUCACAAAAGUUCCGCUCUAUUCCAACCUGUGUUUAGAAAUCACACAGAGUUCAAUAAAAUGUCAGAAUCUAAUGUCAAAUUGGUAAAUGCAUUAAUCCCAUAAAAAAAGUAACGUGUUAAACAUUUAACAUUCAUUGCUCACGUAAACGUGUUAAUUUCGACAGCUAUAAUUUUUUUAGAAAACAUUUUAGUAUAUAAAAAAUGCCAUGUGGAGAGUUUUGAUUCAUUGAAAAGGACAGAUUGAACUGAUUCUUGGAAUUCAAUUCAGUUUAGUUGAACAUAUACCAGCUCUAACGGAAUUUUGCUACUGAAGUUUAAAUCAGGGGCGCUACUAAAGCAUUUGUCUUUACGUAUGUGAAAACGUAAUGACCGAUCAAAAAUUAUUAUUCACAAUGUUGCUUUAAUUUUCACUAGCAAAGUCAUUGCAAAAAUAUUGUGAAUAUUCUAUAUCUAUCACCCAGCCCUAGUGUUUAAGAGUAUAUAAUUAGAACACAAGGCAUGUCUGAGUGUAACCUGCUGUUUUGUUUGUAAGACGCCUAAGUUGUGUAAGAGUUAGCUCUCUCUCGCUCUCGUUAUGUUUGUUGGGAUUUUCCCAGUGUCCUCACACAUCCUGUAACUUAUGGCAAAGACGGAGGCAGAGGGAAAGAGAGAGUCAGCCGCACGCCACUGUCGCCCCAUCACCAAAGUCUUCCUUGUAAAUCUCUUUCUAUCCUCAGAAACCAGAACCUCAAGAGCAAUUUAACACCACAUUCCUCAGCCAUCCCAUUACACACUCAUCAAUCUUUAACCAAAUGAGUGCAAAUGAAAAUGUAAUCCUGAUCUCUGACAGACUUAACACUUCACUGUGCUGUCCAAAAUGCAGGUCACUUUAAUGGGUAGGGAAUUUCACUUUAAUGGGAAAGUUCACCCACAAAAAAUUUAAAAUUCUGUCAAUAUUUAUUCACCCUCUUGUUGCUGUUAUUUUUUCCAUGGAACACACACACAAAAGAAUUCCGUUUAGAGCUUGAAUGCUUAAGAUGUUCCCUGGAGAAAAAAAACAUCAGCAUAAUCAUUAAAAGAAAUGUAGGGAGCCAGUAAAUAAUGACAGAAUUUCCAUUUUUUUUGUGAACUAGUCUUUUAAACAGUUGAAACAACAGCUCACAGAAUUAGAAAGUCAAGAAUAUAAGAUCCAGAUAAAGUUAGUUUUCAGCACACAAAGAUGUGGAUAUUUUAAAGCAGAAGAUUAUAGCCUUCUGUGUAUCCUGUGUUUGUGAGUAAACUUGAGGGAGACAGGGUUUUUAUCUGGACUUCCUGUUAUAUUUGACCUCUGGUCUGUACCAGGCCGAUGUUAACAGUGCUGAAUUUGAAAUGUUGUCCAACUGACAGCACGUGCUUCUUCCCCUCAGCCCCUCCGAGAUGCAUGUUUUCUAAGUACUCCAUCUAUGUCAACAGUUCAGUCUUUUUCCUUCCUGUCCUGCUGGACACGUUGACGCCCGGCCCUGCCACCCUGCCCCUCACACUGAGCUGAGGAAUCCAGUUACCCAACACUCUCGCGGUGUUGCCGAGGAUAAAGUGGGGUUGUAAUUUAUAGAAUUUGGCAAGCUUGAUGAGUUUAGCUUUGGGGAGCCAGCAGGUAGCAGGGAGUUGGGCUGGCCUUCCAAAGUAUUCUGUUUUUUUCUAAAAUCACUGUUCUGUUCCAAAACGUAGUAAGCUGCCUUCGUAGAGAGCAUUUUAAAGCAUCAUAGACAUGAAGGCUCCUGACACAAAGGCUGUUCCAGAAGGUUGGUACCUUCAUUUGGCCAAAUUCUAUAUCCUUCAUAAAGAAGGCAAAAUGAGAAAAAAUUAUGAUUUCCAAAUACAAUUCAUUUAAUACCAAAAAGUUUCAGUUAAAAUAGCUCAGUCUUUUGAAAACUGACUAUUGUGUGUGUGUGUGUGUGUGUGUGUGUGUGUGUGUGUGUGUGUGUGUGUGUGUGUGUGUGCGCAGCAUAUUUUUAGAGUAUCGCAUUGUUAGCUAAGAAACAUUCUAACAACAAACUAUUGAAAUCAGCUGUAAGUCGUUCACUUCAGGCGAGGAGUGCUAAAGAGAGCAACUGUGCCCACCCACUUUUCCAGCCAUCUUUGUUCCGGAAGUUUUUUUUUCUUCAAAAUUCUUAAAAGAAAGAUUUCUAAGCCAUGAACCAAACCAACCAGCUCCGUGGUGAUUCAUUCCAUUAAAAACUUCGAUUUGAAGCAAAAACGUAUUUGAAAAUCGGACAUAAAAGUCUGUCUUUUAAGUUAUCGUUAAAAACUAAUUCACCAAUGGAAAAAAAAUGAAUGGGAUUUUUACUUCCGGAAGCAGACUGUUACGCUCUAUUGGAAUGGCACAGACAUUUAUAUAGUGUUCCAAAUCAGUCACUUAAGUGGUUUCAUUUCAGCUUGUAUGCUGUCUAAGUAGGCAAUGGAUUUCAAGGAAGCUCACUAUUUUUUGGAAUAGAACUUCCACAGUGCCUUCAAGUACAGAACCUUUAAGUGUUUGUUCAAGCCUAUCUACACAUGGUGUUGUCUUGGCCCAGUCUGUGGUAGCCUGAAAACAUGUAUGCUGCCAUCACGUACUGCACUGGAGUGGCAUGCCAAGACUAAACCAGAACUUGUCAUUGUGAAUAAAAAAAUCAUCACACUUCAUUCAACUACACAGGCCUUGACUCUGUCCUGAUUUACUGUUCGUCAAGACUUAUUGUAUUUUAAACUGCUGAGAUGUCUUGUAAAAACAGUGUAAUGACUGUCAAUUACAGCCAUUAAAUUAAGUUUAGCUGUGAGGAUAGUUUUGAAGUUGUUAAUUGCUGAUGAAUGUGUAUAUUAUUAUUAUUGUCUUCCUUUAAUCUUUUGAUUUAAUGUGGUCUUUUUUAUCUUGUAUGGUGUGAUGAAUACAUGUAGAAUUAUUAAAUAAACAA